AUGUUCGGCGAACAUCAUCAUCAUCGUGAAGGAUUUGGUGGAGGUUAUGGAGGCUAUGGAGGAUAUGGCGGAGGCUACGGAGGUAUGGGUGGAGGCUUUGGUGAUCCAUACGGUGGUAUGGGUAUGGGUGGCAUGGGAGGUAUGGGUGGUUUUGGUGGUGGAAUGGGUGGUGGUAUGGGUAUGGGCGGUGGUUAUGGUGGUAUGGGUGGUGGUUAUGGACAAUCUUAUGGAUAUGGUUAUUAUUAA